AUCUUUUCGGUAUUCAAAAUGGCACCGUCUCAAUCAGGAAGUGGAAAAAGCAACUAAGAAGAACAAGUUGGAUAAAUUUCAUUAUUCCUCUUAUUUUGAGGCCAGUAUUUGUUCAAAACCAGGCUGUGUACACGGGGCAUGGACUCGGUCUAAGUUACAUCCGGACGGACAUGGACAAAAAUUGUUCUUGUUAGAACUACUUACUCAGACACAGCCGGCAUAUUGGUGGUGGUCGGAAAGUGCACAGACUAAACUUGCUGGUAAUCAUGUGUGACUCUUUGGUCUGAUGCCCAUCCUCCCCUCAGUGCUGGCAAUGGACAGGGAGAACUACCUGCAUCCUGAAGGCCCUCAGCUGGACACCAGCUUCUUCUCUACAGCCUCUAACAUGGAAAGUUCACUAUACACCUCCUCUGCUUCCUGGGACUCCUUUUCUCCGCAGGCUGGAUACAGCAUACACUGCCCUAUGCAAUCUGGAAACCAGCAAUACCACUUAAACAGCAGCAGCACCAUGACCACUCCAGACAUGCACAUGGACCUGUACUCAGGAUUCUCUAAUGUGGACUUUACCAGCUUCAACCUCGCUCGGAAUGGAGACUUCCCUCAGGACUUGUCCUCCUGCAUUGAUGACUUCUCCACAAACUCUCUGUUCUCUUCUCCGGCGGACUCGCUGUCAGAGUAUGCUGACGCCCAGACGUUCAUCAGCACAGAUAACCUGGACACGGUGCCUACCAUUUGGGACAUCAACACUAGUACCACCACCAUUCCAACCCAGAGCCAACUAGAGCUGAAUGGCAGCAGCAGCAGGUUUCAGGGCUUGGCCAGUUUGGAGGAUAUUACUGCUAUUAUCAACACCCCACCAUUAGGAGGAUUGCAGGCUCAGAAGACUCAGUCACCACCAGAGGAAGAAGAGGAGGUAGAGGAAGAAGAGACAGAGGAACUGGGACAAGUCGAUACAUUUGCGGAUUACAAACCUUCCAAAUCUACUAUAGGAAUUUCUCAUCCUGACAAAGUUGUGGAGACCAACACACUAUCUAGUGUCCCGCCUCCUGAUAUCACGUACACACUGUCUAUCCCUGCAUUGACUAUUAAUAGUGGGCAGCUGUCUGCUCUGCAGCUGGAGGCCAUAAUCUAUGCCUGCCAGCAACAUGAAGUGAUCCUUCAGAACAAGCAGAGAGCAGGCUUCCUGAUUGGAGACGGAGCAGGGGUUGGAAAGGGACGCACUGUGGCCGGAAUUAUUCUAGAAAAUUACCUAAAGGGAAGGAAAAAAUCUCUAUGGUUCAGCAUAUCCAAUGACUUAAAAUUUGAUGCAGAGCGAGAUCUCAAAGAUAUAGAUGCACCAAAUAUUCCUGUGCAUGCCUUAAACAAAAUAAAGUAUGGAGACACAGCUACCUCAGAAGGAGUCCUGUUUGCGACUUACUCUGCCCUGAUUGGAGAAAGCCAGGCAGGAGGGCAACACCGGACAAGAAUUAAACAGAUUCUGGACUGGUGCAAACCAGACUUUGAUGGAGUCAUUAUUUUUGAUGAAUGCCACAAGGCCAAAAAUGCCACCUCUACAAAGAUGGGCAAGGCAGUGCUUGAUUUGCAGAACAAGCUACCACAGGCCAGAGUGGUAUAUGCCAGUGCUACGGGUGCCUCUGAGCCAAAGAACAUGAUUUAUAUGAGCCGCCUGGGAAUCUGGGGUGAGGGCACGCCCUUCAGAUCCUUUGAUGACUUUCUGCAUGCCAUUGAAAAGAGAGGUGUUGGUGCCAUGGAGAUUGUUGCCAUGGACAUGAAAGUUAGUGGGAUGUACAUUGCCAGGCAGCUGAGCUUCUCAGGGGUGUCUUUCUGCAUUGAAGAGAUCGGACUGGACAAUGACUUCAAAUUGGUCUAUAACAAAGCUGCCAAACUCUGGGCAGAGGCAUUACAGGUCUUCAUGCGUGCAGCCGAUGAGUUGGGCCUGGUUAGCAGAAAGUCUCUCUGGGGGCAGUUCUGGUCAUCUCACCAGAGGUUUUUCAAGUACCUCUGCAUUGCUGCUAAAGUCCGCUGCCUGGUCGAGCUGGCCCAAAAAGAGCUGGAGGCAGGGAAGUGCAUUGUUAUUGGGCUGCAGUCUACUGGAGAGUCCCGCACUAGAGAGGUUCUGGAUGAGAAUGAUGGGCACCUCGACAGAUUUGUUUCGGCAGCAGAGGGAGUGUUCCAGUCUCUUGUGCUAAAACAUUUCCCGUCAGAGAAACAGAGGAGAGAAAAAGUGACAGGGAAUAAGAGAAAACGUAAACCACGAGGGCGUCAGGCCAAACUCUCCAAGCACACAGUGGACAGUGUCGGCGUGAUCAACAUCAGCGAUGACAGCAGCAGUGACUCUGAUGGUAUCGACACAGACUCCAACUCAUCCCCAGACUCUCUACUUGACAAUGACGAUGUCAUCUUUGUAAACCACACGAGCUACCACACCGCCAGGAUAGAAGAGAUGAAGCAGGGCCUCCUCAACAAAAUAUCUGAACUUGGAAAAGAACUACCUCUCAAUACCUUGGACGAGCUCAUUGAUAGGUUUGGAGGACCAGAUAAAGUCUCAGAGAUGACUGGUCGUAAGGGUCGUGUGGUUCGACGUCUUGAUGGCAGCGUCCGUUACGAGUCACGAGCAGAGCAGGGUCUUACCAUUGACCACAUCAACAUCAAGGAGAAAGACCGUUUCAUGAGUGGAGAGAAGUUGGUGGCCAUCAUCUCUGAGGCGGCCAGCUCUGGGAUUUCCCUACAGGCAGACAAGCGAGUGAAAAAUCAGAGACGUCGGGUUCAUAUGACCCUGGAGCUGCCUUGGAGUGCAGACAGAGCUAUACAGCAGUUUGGACGCACUCAUCGGUCCAAUCAGGUGACGGCACCAGAGUACAUCUUUCUUAUCUCAGAGUUGGCUGGGGAGCGCCGCUUUGCCUCCAUUGUUGCCAAGAGGCUAGAGAGCCUGGGAGCUUUAACUCAUGGAGACCGAAGAGCCACUGAAUCGAGAGAUCUGAGUAAAUACAAUUUUGAAAACAAGUACGGGACCAAGGCUCUAGAUAAAAUCACCAAAGCUAUCCUUGGCCACAUAGACAACAAGGUGCCCCCUCCCAAAGGCUACCCUGGGGGUGAUGCCAUGUUCUUCAGAGAUAUGAAACUUGGAAUGAUGGAUGUGGGCAUUUUUUGUAAAGAGUCUCGCUUUGGGCUCAGCACUGAGAAAGACUGCAGCAUCACCAAGUUUUUAAAUCGUAUCCUGGGACUGGAGGUCCACAAACAGAACUAUCUCUUUCAGUACUUCACGGAAAACUUUGACUACCUAAUUGAGAAAGACAAGAAGGAAGGCAAAUAUGACAUGGGAAUCCUAGACCUUGCUCCAGGUAAUGAUGAGAUCCAUGAAGAGAAACAGGAAACUUUCUUGACAGCUGGAAAUCCUCAAGAUGGGCAGGUUGUCCUCUACAAGAUCAGCGUAGACAGAGGCAUGACAUGGGAAGAGGCCUACAAAAGGUCACUGAAUCUCAGCAACCCCGAAGAAGGAUUCUACCUGUCCCAAAAGUUGCGAGGUAACUAUCCGUGUGUGCUGCUUGCUGAGCAAGGAAGAGGCAAGAAUUUAAUUGUCUACAAGCCCAACAUUGGUAAACAGACACACCCGGAAAAUCUGGACAACCUGCUGCUCCGCUACCGGAAGGUUACUCCAGAGGAUGCCAAGGAGAACUGGGAAAAUCACUUCACUUUCUCUUUCAAGAAAUGUAGCCAUGCUAACUGGAAUGGAAAGUGUAAGAAAAUUGAGGAAGGCCAGGAGUGUAUGCUGGGCAUGCGCCUCCGUCAGUACCACAUGUUGUGUGGUGCUCUGCUGCGUGUGUGGAAACUGGUGUCUGAUGUCGUGUCUGAUGUCACCAGCUCCAGCAUCCUGCAGAUUGUUCGCCUCAAAACUAAACAGCAUAACAAACAAGUUGGUAUCAAGAUCCCAGAGAACUGCGUCUCGCGAGUGCGUGAGGAGCUGUUGCGUAUGGACGAGGAGGUCAAGAGGAGGCGCAAGAAGAAGGAGCAAGAGGCUAUGGAGCAACGACUGGCGGAGGAACAUCGGCGCAAACUGGAGCAGGAGAGCAAACACCUUCUGGCAAAUCUGUUCAACACAAACCCUAUCUUUAACCAGUCCAUCAUCCAGUCGUUUACCCAGAACCAGGCUUUCAAACUGAAGCUGAACCAGAACCAUCUGCAGCCAACACAAAUGCUGAGCAUGUCCCAGCUACAGAGAGUGUCUUCCCAAAACCAGUUACAGCAGCCCUCUCAGAACUUAACCCCCUUGCCUUUACAGAGAAAUCCAAGUCAGACCCAACAAAGGACCCACAUCAGCUGGCCGAACAACUCCUCCUCAACCUGCACGACAAGCCAGAACUCCCUUCCCAACGCCGCUGGCCUCAACUCCCACUUCUCACAGUUCUGUCCUGAGUCUUUCUUGUCAUCUUUCACACCCAUGAAGAGCCCCACUCUUCCACUCCAUCAGACCGCAUCUUGUCCCAGCUUGUCUUCCAAGAAUGCCCUGGAUGAGAUCUUGGAUCUAACAGUGAACACACCAUCGCUGUCCUCCGAAAGUACAGAGGGCGGGCUGAGUCUGGGCAGUCUGACAGGGCACUCUGCAGCGUUUGGAGAUGACUUUAGUCUGGAGUCUCUGAUCUCUCAGAGUGUCCCCAGCGCUCAACACUCAGCACAAGUAGAGCCACCACCUUCUGUUCUACAGCAGCAGCAGCAUGUGCAGGCUGUGCCGCAGCAGAACCACAGCCUGUUGGCAAAUAACCACCACCACAACUUUUUAGACUACUUUGAUUUCCCCUUGUCCCCUCGAAUGACUACACAAAAAGCCAGCCCUCCUUCUUCUUCUACCUCCUCCUGCUCUUCUUCCACUUCCUCCACCUCCUCUGUGACAAACAGUUUGGUUUCUCACAUCUCCACCGAACUCCUGCCCACGUCUGCCCUCAUCCCCACGUCCUCUUCCUCUUCUCUUUUCUCUAGCCCAUCGUCCGCCCCUUCCCUUUUUUCUGACUCUUCCUCCUCCUCCUCCUCUCACUUCUCUUCUGCCUGUCUCCUUCCUGCUUCCCAGCCUCUGUCUUUACCCAAUGGUCACUGCAGUUCUGGUGUUCUGGACGUCCGUGAAGCUCUGAACAGCAUGUUACAAGCUGGACCGGACCGCAAGUCUGUCAUUAUGUACCGGCCGCAAGACUCACAACUUUAAACAGCGCAUCUGUACUUUGUAUUUAGGUGUUUUUGUUUAGUCUUUUAAAGCAGGUUUUGUCUUGUUUGCUGCUUUCUGUGGUCGCAUCCUCGGACCUGCUCCCAGUCCCCUCAGGGCCUCUAGUCAAAUCACUGCCUGUCCUGCUCUCAGCUCACUCUGCGCUCUGUUCACAGAUAGGCUGGCUCCAUCAAGAUCUGAGAUCUACACAAAUGUGAAAGGCAGCUGUAAAAUAAUAAUAAUUAAUAAUAAUAAAUGUGAUCUCCCCCUCCUCCCCAUUAGUUUAGGAUCAUAGCCAUGUGCUCAUUUUACUAUGGCCCCAUUUACACCUGGCAUUAAAAUGUGUUUUUGGUGAUCAGACUGCAGCGCAUCACCAUAUAAAAUAACAAGUAUAAAAGCACCUGAAAUACAUUGUAGUAGUCUGAUCUCCCAACCCAGAUCUGAAGGUGGUCAGGGGCACAUUGUGACCCCAUCGUACUGUCAUGUAGGUGGAAACUGGUGGUGCUACUUCAUGGGCACUGUGAUUUUUUUAUGUUGCUUACCACGUCCCUCCUCCCCAGUCGUAUGACUGAGCACAGGUGCGUAUCUCUUCUGGAUAACACAGACUACAGUCUUCUGCAAAUAAAGUCAAAGCUUUAAUGAUGCAUAUAUGUGGUGCCCCCCAGUACCGACUGUGUUCCCGUAUCCGUGUCCUCAGCAUUCUCCUCUGCCUUCGUCUUCAGCAUUCCUGUUGCUGACAGCAUUUUAAGAAAGAAAACAUAACACAAAAGUACAGCUACCACUUUUUGUGGGGGGUAGCUCACUCGCACCUGUGGAGGCGUGACGCGAGCUGAGCAUCGACUCGUAUCCAGAUUUCAGUGAAGUCAGUGUAAAGCCAUUUUAUUAGCAGGUGUAAAUGGGGUCCGUGUCAUAACCAUGUUUUAUUAAAGAUUCCAGCUGUCAAAACAAGCUCAUUAUCGAGGUGGUUCUAUUCUUCCGGUCAUCCGGAAUUCAUAGAACUGUAGUACAUACAUGAGUCUUGAUUGAACCUCCUGCUGCUGAUUUUUAGAAAGUUUGUUUGGCAAAGUUCCUGGAAGUUGUGAAUGUCAUUUGCCAGUUAAAACCACACCUUUGGACUUUGCUUUGCCAUCGACUCGUAGCUUCACAGUUUGAAUAAAACAAAGACUCGGUUUGAGUGAAACUAAAGCUUCAAUCAAAAGCUAUUGAUGAACUGGAUAAAUUUUUUUUUUUUUUUUUUUUUUAAACAGACAAACUCUUUUAAUUAGCCAUGAAAUGCCUUAGUUCUUGUUUCUUUUCCAUGCGCCCUCUUGUUUCUCUCCCUGAUUGUAUGAACACUAGUGUGAGGAAGAGCAGUCUGCUGUUGCAAACAGUGCCUUUGGAAAAUAUAUUAAUGCAGUCUUUACAAAUCCGUGUAGCCUAAUGUAUAGAUUUGUAUUUUUAGAGGGUUGGUUUUAAUUAUAAUUUAAUAUUUUGUAUUUAACUGCAAGGCCCAUUCAGUCAGUUGUCGGUUUGACACUAUGCUAGUGGUGGGUUUCAGGAACAAACCUCCAUCCGGCCCGUCUGCAUUCGUCUGAAGAAACCACUGCACCUCCUCCUGACCCUGUGUGCCCUCUGUGCCUGCAGGGGUCACAGAGGUCACACAGGGGUCACAGGAUGACUGUUGAGCAGCGUGAAUGAGAGCUGUCCAAAGUGGUAUCGCCUUCAGUUAAUGAUGUGAGUCCUGGAUUGAUUAUGAAGUUCUCAGGAAAGUCUAGACAUUUUUUGUGUGUGUGCGUGCGUGCGUGUAAUUUACACCAAUCGUGAUCUUGGGAUUUACAGCAGAUGAUUUCAAAUGUUCUCAUUUUUAGUGUCUUGAGUUGUGAGAGGAGCAUUGUACUGCUGUCUUCAACAAUAUCUUCACUUUGUUCAUGUAGCAUGAAGGUCUAGUUCAGUCUUCUUGAACAACAAGUAAAAGAAGAGCGUAACAAGUGUCUGGCUAAAUGUGUGUUCAGGCAUCGAGGCUUUAAAAAUGCAUGAAACAUUUGGAGAUUGUAUAGGCAUUUCGAACCAGCCGGAUCGGAAUGUUUUUUGUGGGACGAUAAUGCGCUGUAGUCAGUUUAUCACAAAAUGCCAGGAAACAUAGAACUGAACGGAAAGCAAUAAAACCGCAGUCUAAAUUUAUUAUUAAAUACAAAUGCCUAAGUACUGUUUAUGGUCAACAGACAAUGUUUGUAAUUAGCUUUGCAUGCUAUCAAUUAGAUUCUUCUUAAUGGUCUUGUGCUUGAUUAUUAGUUAAACAGAUUCUGAAAUGCAUACCACCUUUGAGUAGUACGUUUUCAUGGGAUGAACGCAAUGCAUUCUUGAUGUUUUAGCCAUUGUUGUAUAAAUAUUAUUGCUAUUUAUAUUUAAUGGAUAUUUAGAUUUUAGACAUGUUAUCCUGCUUGUUAGAAUAGUUCAAAUAUUUGGUCAGGGAAGUUUCUAGUUUUCAAGAUUACUAUCAAACAAAUGAUGAUAUAACCUGCCACCAAAUAAUAUUGCACUGUUCUGUACUGUUGUACGGCAUCUUGAUUUAUUUCUGCUUCUUUCAGUUUGGCUUCAGUCAAGUGGAGUUUUUGUUCUGACUUGUAGACCUUUGUCAGGCCUCCGGUUUGCAGAGAGAUACCAAAGUAUUCCACAGAUCCCCCAAAACGUACAGGCUCCAUGAUAUCAGUCUCAGGAAGAAACCUUCAGGAGGUGUAAUGGUGGGCCCUUAGCAGAAAUAUAUACUUUUCCUUUAUAUCAUUGGUGAGACUAACCAGUACAUUUACUCUAUUUUUGUGACUCUGUGCUGUGACUCUUGCUGUAUUUUUGUUGCAGACUUAAUGUGAUGGGGUUUGUUGUUCGUCCUUGUGAAAAUGUCAGUGAUUAUAAAUGUUUAUGCCUUCUUAGGGCAAAGAUCAAAGGCCCUUUCUUUUUAAGAAACUUUUUUUUUCCCUGUGGACAGUUUUGUGUUGCAGAUGUUGAAUUUACUUUUAAACCUGGGUUUUGCUAAAAUGUGCAAUCAGUCUGCCUUUAGCCGUCACUCAGUGAACACUUUUAACAUUAGACUGACAAAAUACAGUAUCUCAAAUGUACAAUUAUUUCUUUUUUUUUAAUUAGCUUUUAAUAUUCAUCAUCAGGCACAUUCCAAGUCAUUUGCCUUCGGUUUCAUGUUCCGUCAUUACACUCGUCAUAAAGCUUUACGCAUCGGAGGGAAGAGGAAUGAACUGUUUUCAGUGCGGAAAAGGAUGGUAUUUUAUUUUUUAGUGUCGUUUAAAGUCUCAUUUUAUUUUGCACUAAGAAUGGCAUAAUCAAUUUACCGUUGUUAGUUAUGAUUGAGACUUGCAAGUUUUUGUUGCUGGUCUUUUGAUGGAUUUGCUAUCUGUAUACUGUAACCAUCUUCCCUGUUUCUCCAUCAUUUGCAUAUGUUAUAUAAAUAGCACCACUUUCAAAUAAUUUAUUUCUGACGACAACAAAAAAGAAACAAAAAACAUGCUACUGACUGUAUGUAUUUUUAAACAAAGCCUAUUUUUUCUGUAAAAGAAAACAAAAAAAAAUGUGUUCAGCACUUUUAUUCCGGGUUGUGCUUUUAUUUUCUAUAUAUUUAUAAUUUAGAUCUAAAUGUAUAUAUUGUAAAAUUUGUGCCUUUCAACUAAUUCUCUAAAAUGGUUUUCUACUCGUUAAAGGAAGGACUAUAUCAAAUUGCAAUCUUAACUUUGUAAACAAUAAAAAACUUGAAGAUUGCUGGAAUAAGUCA